AAAUGGUCUCAUUUUGUAGCAAAGUCUACCAAAGAAAAGUAAUACAUUGUUAACUUAUUUCAAAUAAUUUUUCUCUCGCAUGCUCAAUCAUUCUUGAAGAAAUAAUCAGGUGCAUUCAAAUGCCAAAAAUAUAUCGUGGACUAUUUCUAAUAGAAGCAAUUAGAACAUAGAACAGUAUAGCACAAUAAAGGCCCUUUAGUUCAUGAUGAUGUGCUGACCUAUUAUCCUGCUCUAAGAUCAAACGAACCUGCGUACCCUUUAUUUUGCUAUUGUCCAGUUGCCUACCUAAGAGACACUUAAAUGUCCCUAAUGUGUCUGACUCUACUACCACUGCUGGCAGAGCAUUCCAUGAACCCACCACUCUGUGUAAAGAACCUACCUCUGACAUCUUCCCUAGACCUUCCUCCAAUUAAAAUUGUGCCCCCUUGUAAUGGUCACUUCCGCCCUGGGAAGAAGUCUCUGGCCACUCUAUCUAUGCCUCUUGUCAGCUUGUAUGCCUCUACCAAGUCACCUCUCAUCCUUCUUAUCUCCAAUGUGAAAAGCCCUAGCUCCCUCAACCUUUCCUCAUAAGACUUGCCCUCCAGUCCAGGCAGCAUCCUGGUAAAUCUCCUCUGCACACUCUCUAAAGCUUCCACAUUCUUCCUGUAAUGCGACGACCAGAACUGAACACAAUAUUCCAGUGUGGUCUAACCAGUGUUUAAUAGAGCUGCAGCAUAACCUCAUGGCUCUUUAACUCAGUUCCCCAGCCAAUGAAAGCCAACACACCAUAUGCCUUCUUUAUAAACUUAUCAACUUAGGUGGCAACUUUCAGGGAUCUAUUGACGUGGACCCCAAGAUCCCUCUGUUCCUCUACACUGCCAAGAAUUCUGCCAUUAACCCUGUAUUCUGCAUUCAAAUUUGACCUUCCAAAAUGAAUCACUUCAUAUUUUUCCGGGUUGAAUUCCAUCUCCCACUUCUUUGUCCAGCUCUGAGUCCCAUCAAUGACCUCUUGCAACCUACAACAGUCCUUCACGCUGUCCACAACUCCGCAAACCCUUCCACUUCCUCAUCCAAGUCAUUUAUAAAGAUCACAAAGAGCAAGGGUCCCAGAUCAUCACGGUCACUGAGUCAGGCAAAAUACGUUCAUCUACUGUCAUCCUCUGUCUUCUAUUGGUUAGCCAAUUCCUGUAUCCAGACAGCCAAACUUCCAACAUUCACUGCUUGACCUUCUUCAAUGUGUUUUGUCACAUCCUCAAAGACUUCAGUCAGACUUAUGAGGCAUGAACUACCCCUCAUAAAACCAUGCUCGCUAUCUCUAAUCAAACUAUGCUUUUCCAAAUAAUCAUAAAUACUAUCUGUCGGAAUCCUUUCCAAUAACUUGCCCAUGACAGAAGAAAGACUGACCAGUCAGUAAUUCCCAGAAUUAGCCCUAUUCCCUUUCUUGACCAAGGAAAUAACAUUUGCCACCCUCCAAUCAUCUGGUACUACUCCAGUGGACAGUGAGGAUGCAAAGGUCAUUGCCCAAGGUGCAGCAAUCUUUUCCCUUGCUUCCCGUAGAACCAUGGGUAUAUCACAUCUGGCCCAGGGGACUAAUCUGUUCUCAUGUUUUUCAAAAUUUCUAGCACGUUCUGCUUCCUAAGAUCAACCUGUUUGAGCAUAUCUGCCUAUUUCAAGCUGUCCUCACAAACGUCGAGGUCCCUCUCACUGAUGAAUGCUGAAGCAAAGUAUUCAUUAAGGACCUCCCCUACCACCUCCGAUUCCAGGCACAAAUUCCCUCCACUACCCCUAACUAGCCCUACCCUUAUUCUGGCUAUCCUCUUGUUCCUGACAUAGGUAUAGAACGCCUUGGGGUUUUCCUUAAUCCUACCCAUCAAACUUUCUCAUGCCCACUUCUAGCUCUCCUAAGUCCAUUCUUCAAUUCCUUCCUGGCUACCUUGCAACCCUCGAGAGACCUGUCCGAUCCUUGCUUCCUCGACCUUAAGUAAGCUUCCUCUUCCUCUUGACUAAAUGUUCCACAUGUCUUGUCAUCCAAGGUUCCUUCACCUUACCAGCUCUUUCCUUGCCUCAGUGAGACAAACCUAUCCUGCACUUGCAGCAAGUGCUGUCUAAACAACUUUCACAUUUCUGCCGUGCAUUUCCUUGAGAACAUCUCUUCCUAGUUUAUGCUCCAUAGGUCUUGCCUAAUAGCUUUGUAAUUUCCCCUCCUCCAAUUAAAUACUUUCCCAUACUGUCUGCUUCUAUCCCUCUCCAUGACUAUAGUAAAGGUCAGGGAGUUGUGAUCACUAUCACUGAAUUGCUUUGCUGCCGAGAGAUCUGACACCUGGCCUGGUUCGUUGCCGAGCACCAAAUCCAAUAUGCACCCCCCUGUAGUUGGAUCAUCUACACACUGAGUCAGGAAUCCUUCUUGGACACACCUGACAAAAUCUGCUCCAUCCAAACUACUUGCACUAAGGAGAUUCCAAUCUAUAUGAGGGCAGUUGAAGUUGCCCAUGACAACAACCCUAUUACUUCUGCACCUUUCCUCAAUCGCUUCCUCUGUCUCUGUUGCUACUGGGGGGUCUAUAGAAAACUCCCAAUAAAGUGGCUGCUUUCCUGUUUCUGACUUCCACCCAUAGUGACUCAGUAGACAAACCCUCCUCGAUGACCUCCCUUUCUGCAACUGUGAUACCAUCACUGCUUAGCAUGCCACUCCUCCACCUCUUUUACCUCCCUUCCUAUUUCUUUUGAAACAUCUAUACUCCGGAACAUCCAACAACCAUUCGUGCCCGUGUUAUCUAGGUCUCUGCAAUGGCCACAACAUCGUAGGUCCAAGUAUUAAUCCAUACUCUAAGUCAUCACCCUUAUUCAUGACACUUGCGUUAAAGUAGACACAUUUCAACCCAUCACACCUGACUGCAACUUGGCCCUAUCAACUGUCUAUCUUUCCUUACAAGCUCUGUGUAUGUUGUGUCUGCCUGUACACCAGCUACCCCAUUCCCUGAUCCUUAGAUCUAGUUCCCAUUCCCCACCAAACUAGGAGCUCCAGCAAACCUCCCCUGCUGCCCACCCCACCCCAGAUAUUGGUGCCCCUCCAGAUCAGAUGCAAACCGUCCUUCUUGUACAGGUCCUAUCGUCCCCAGAAGGUAACCCAAUGAUCACAUAUCUGAAACCCUCAACCCUACAUCACCUCUGUAGCCACGUCCUCAGCUGCACUCGCUGUCUAUACCUAGCCUCACUGGUCCAUGGCACCGGUAGUAAUCCUGAGAUUACUACUCCGCUCGUCCUGCCUUUUAGCUUCCUAUAUUCACUUUUCAGGCCCUCAUCCCUUUUCCAAGUUAUGCCAUUGUGCCAGAUUUCUUUGACACUGAUAUCUGUCAGGGUGUUUCCAGACACUGAGAGCAGUUAUCAGUCAACCAUAUUGUUACUGUUUUUGGAAGCACACAAGAUCUAACCAUACAUACCCAUGAGUACAUGUAGGGCUGCUGUCUGAAAUAUGACCUGCAGCCCUUCAGUUGUCUAUCCUUCCCACACCAAUCUUUCAAUCACAUCCAUUGCUUUCCUGAUCUGACUGUUUCUCUGCCAGUUAGCAUAUGACUUGGGUUAUGGUCCUGAGAUUGGAAGCUAGGAACUUCAUGAGUGGCAAGUUUCCUUUGCAGGACCUCCUUCAGUCUGUCAUUGAUCGCAACAGGGUAAAGCUGUCCUCUGCCUGUGUUCCUUUUAACUUGCUCAGGGAUGUUCUAUACUUUGCACGUGGUUGCCAAUACACUUAGAACUGAAUCUAGGGUGCUAAAUGCCGCUGCCCCCAUCCAUUCCUUCCCCACUAGGGGCAAGUGUCAAAGCAAACAGGUGGGCAUGUAAUUCUUCUGGUAAUGUUGGCACCAUCCCAGGGCUAGCUGUUUUUCCUGGAGGUGGAGUCAGGGACAGAAGGGCUCUCCUCCUGCGAGUGGGAGGUAACCAGUUUGGUUAAGUAAAAGGCCAGUUACCAGUGGCCUCAGGACAAGGUCAGGCAAAUGAAUGCAACCUGUCAAUGGCAAAUCAGACAAGGCCAGCUUUGAAACCACUGCUGUGGUCAUUCAUUCAUUGAAAGUUUUAAAAGUACUGUGGGAUUGCCUCAGGAUGGAGAUGUCACAGUCUUUCCCUUGGCUGUGAAGGUGGGGCAUCUAACUGCUACAGCUGCAGGAUGGUUUUGUGUUGAGCCUGCAAGUUUAAGAGGCCACUUGUUAUUGUUAAUUGGAUAAUAAGUGUGCUGUCUGGCCACUUAUUGUCCAGUUAAGAGGAAAUCCAUGUUGGCAACCACACCCAGUGAAGUGCAGAUUCUCCUAUUGAUUAUGACCCAGAGUCCUAUUGUGAUAUGAGGAGAUUCAUCUUGAUGUAACUGGUGUGAGUCUAAUAUUUGCAAGGGAGAAGACACCAGCCUGGAAUGAGUCUGUGAAGACACUAUACUAAGGCUAUCACAUAUAGUCUCGUGUAUGGGUGUAAAUAAAGGAAUGUAUGGUACGUAAGGAGUUAACAAGCCUGGCUUUGAGAUAAAGAUAUACAGACACCCACAAAAUGAGAUACUUCAGACUUGCAUUUAAAAUAUGUAGUCAAUGCUGGGAUAUUUGUUGAUUGGACAGUCUUCAGUACAAUUUGUGCCACCUCAUACUGAACAGCCUGCCCCAAAAUGUAGCAUGACCUGGACAACAUUUAGGGUAGGCUUGACAAGUAAAAUUUCAUACCAUGCUAGUGUCAGGCAAUCACCAUGUCCAGCCAGAGACAAAUUUAUAAUCUUCUCUUGAUGUUCAAUGGUGUUAGCAUCACUGAAUCCCUCUCUAUCAACAGACCGUGAGUUAUUGACCAGAAAUUGAACUGGACCAACCAUAGACUGUAGCUGCAAGAGUAGGUCAGAGGCUAAGAAUUCAGAUGAGUAAUAUAUCUUUUUGUUUCCCAAAGCUUUUAUACAGUCUACACAGUACCAAUCAGGAAUGUUAUGGAAUACUCUCCACUUGAUUGGAUGAGUGCAGCUUCAACACCAUUGAAGUCAAAGCAUCCCAUUUGUUGACACCCCAUUGACAACUUCUACAUUCACUCCCUCCACCAUUGACGCUCAGUAACAGCAGUAUGUACCGUUAGCAAAAUGCACUGCAACAAUUCACCAAGGCUCCUUUGUCACCUUCCAAACCCAUCUUUAAAAAGCAAAAUGUUAGCUGGGAGAGGACACUGACUUAAUCUGCUUUCAGGUUUUUGGAAGGGCUUCUUCCUAUGGAUGUGUGCCAUUUGCCCAAAGGAUUUAAAUUAAAACCGGGAAACCAUGUGGAUAACUACCUGGAUUAUUGGAGCAGAACUGAUGUGCAGACCUGUACAAAUUGGAAAGCACCAAUCAUUUGGGAUGGGACCUUUAACCCAGAGUUCUAUGAUGCAACAUACGAGAAACGAAAUAUUGUUAUUGGUCUCACGGUCUUUGCAGUUGGCAAGUACCUGGACCUGUACUUGGAGACUUUCUUGGCAUCGGCUGAUGAACAUUUCAUGCCUGGAUUCUCGGUCAUAUAUUAUAUAUUCGUAGAUGACUUGCCAAAGUUGGAAAGACUGAAUCUGCAGCCGAAUGCAAGACGCAAGAUCAAGAGCUUCCAGGUGAAAACGCACAAGCGUUGGCAGGACAUUUCAAUGUCUCGCAUGGAGACGAUCAGCAAGCUGAUUGAGGAUCACGUCAAGCACGAAGCCAGUUAUGUAUUCUGCUUUGAUGUGGAUCAGCGAUUCCAAGGACGCUUCGGAACGGAGACUCUCAGUGAGUCGGUGGCCGUCCUGCAUGCCUGGUACUACCGGAGGCCAAAGUUCAUGUACAGUUACGACCGCAACCCCCAAUCCACAGCUUACCUGGGCGGCAGGGGGGAUUUCUAUUACCAUGCUGCUGUGUUUGGUGGGACUUGGCAGAGCGUGCGGAACCUGACGGAAAGCUGCUCCCGCGGAAUCCUGCAGGACAACCAGAAAAACGUGGAGGCCACUUGGCAUGAUGAGAGCCACCUCAACAAGUACUUCUGGCUGCACAAACCCACCAAGGUCCUGUCACCAGAAUACUGCUGGGACCGGAAGAUCGGAUUCCGGCGAGACAUCCAUGUGGUCCGGAUGUUGUGGGCCGCAAAAGAGUAUGAUAUCAGUCGUCAAACUGACUGAGCAUUUAGAAAGGAAUCUCUGUUGCUCUUAGUUUUUUUAAAAGAAACUAUAUGGAUCCCUUGAGAUCAGGGAGUGAUGAGGAGGCAGUGUAUUUGCCCUGUUCUGUCUCUCUCCCAAACAGGUACAGUAUGGGCUUGGUACACGAUGAUGCUGAUUCCCAAAAUGUGCCUUAAUUCUGCAAUCUCAGAAGAUGAUUUAUUUUAAUCAAUGUGAUAAUCGCCCCUUUUAAACAAGAGCUGGGUCACUGGUGAUGCCUUAUGGAUCGGCUGACACUGCCCUGUUCUACCCCUAUGUGCCCCCAUUCCCCCACCAAACAAAGGUUGGUAGUCAGAUUGUCAUCUAUUGUGGGCUCUGCCUUUACACCCUGAGGAUGAAAAGAUACAGUUGGGAGUGGAUGGUUAUUCAGGAUUAUAGAUAGAGUCCAGGAGCUGAUCAAGAUGCAGCCUGGAAUUGAAAGACAUGUUUAGAAAGUGUGUGGCACAAGACAGCCACUUGGGGAAAGCUUUGCAUUAGAAACAACAACCUGGAGCCUCAUUAAGGAGCUGAUAUCCAGCAACCGCCCAUUUAAGGAACGCAUGCAUUUUACUGAUAAUGACUGACUGAUCUUUUCACGCAAUGAUCAGCUGAUUUUGUGAGUAAGCUAGCUGCUCCUGAGGAAUAUUACGUUUACUGAUCGCUGUUUGAAACACAUUGAGAUGCUGCAAGCAAUAAAAAGGAAACAGGACAAGGGUCUUUCAGCUGACUGUUGAAGCCAAGCUUCUUGAAAUCAACUGCCAAACUCCAUGCUACAGUCAUUACCUAAUGUAACAACUGCAGUGUCCUACUGUCAUUGUGCACUCCAGACUGAUCCAUUUAUCUUUUAAAUUUUUACUUUUGUAAUUUGCUUCUUAUUUCUGUUCGUAUGUGUUUUGCAUUCAUUCCUUCUUGUUUGUAGUAACUAAUAAAUUGGCUGUUCCAACAUGAAGAUGUCCAAGGAUGUUGCCAGGGUUGGAGGGUUUGAGCUUUGGCUAGAGACUGCAUAGGUUGGGGCUGUUUUUCCCUGGAGCAUCAGAGGCUGAAGAGUGACCUUAUAGAAGUUUAUAAAAUCACGAGGGGCGUGGAUAGGGUGAGUAGUUGAGGUCUUUUUCCUGGGGGUUGGUGGGGUGCGGGGAGCGGGUUUGGGGAGUCCAAAACUAGAGGGCAUAGGUUGAAGAUGAAGGGUGAAAGAUGUAAAAGGGACCUAAGUUGCAACUUUUUUUUUAUGCAGAAGCUGGUGCGUGUAUGGAAUGAGCUACCAGAGCGGGUGGUAGAGUCUGGGCACAACUGCAAUAUUGAAAGGAAUCUGACUGUAUAACUGAAGAAAACUUUAUUUUGAAAGAAGCCAAUUUAACCAGGUCAUUUGGGUCUGGUAGGAAAGUACCCACAAGGGAAGGGAUUCAUUUUUAAAUUAACUUUAUUGUGAGGGGGUGGUUGUCGUCAGUUGUAUCAGGAAAGGGAGCCAGGUCUCACCUGGAAGCUUAACAGUUUUGGGUAUCCUGUCUGAGAAUGGAAUAAAUUGGAGAAUCUCAACUGAGAACUGGUUGCUGAAAAUGUUAAAAUGAUGGAGAAUUCAGAGAUAGUAGAAACUACAGAUGCUGGAGAGUCUGUGAUAACAAGGUGUAGGGUCUAGGCCCAAAACAUCAGCUUUCCUGCUGCUCUGAUGCUGCUUGGCCUGCUGUGAUCAUCCAGCUCUACACCUUGUUAUCUCAGAGAAUUCAGACUUAAGUUUUGAGUAAGAGAUACAGAGGGGAGGGAGGAAGGAUGUUUUUGUGAAAAAAGCCUGGAAAUGAAUAUGAUCAAUUAUUUCAAACAGAAAUUGGAUGGCCUCUUAAGAGAAUGAAACUUCCAAAGUUCCAGCAAUAGAAGAUGGGACUGAUGGGAUUGCACCAAUAUGAGUUGGUAUGAAAGCAAUGGGCCAAAUGCCCUCCCACAGCGCUGUACUAGCUGUAUGUCUCAUGAUAAACAUCUAGAAAUGCACAUGAAUCUUCAGAGGAGAACAGAAUCCAGAAAUUCUCGGUUUAUUUACAGCAGCACAAUAUAAUAUAGCCUAUAGGUAAUUACAUUGAUAGAAUCCACAGAGAAAUUAAUAUUUAAGUAAUCACGAUACACUUAAACACAUUGAUACCUGGCAAAAUGAUGCUACCAAAAGUAAGUUGAGGGUUUAUUAUUGUUUAUGGGAUUGGGAGUUGCUCGCUGGGCCAGCAACUACUGCCCAUCUCUAGUUGCCCUGGAGAGGGUGGUGGUGAGCUGCCGCCUUGAACUGCUGCAGUCCAGAUGUAGUCACCCAUGAUGCUUUUGGGCAGGAGUUCCGAGUUUUUGACCCAGCCACACUGUAGGAAUGGUAAUUGUGUUCCUAAGUCUGGAUAGUGUGAGAUUUGGAGGGAAUCUUUCACGUACCUAGGUUCCCACGAGAUUGGAUUUCCUUGUGCUUCUAAAUGAUCAUGGGUUUGAAAGGUACUGCCAAAGCAGCCUUGGUGAGCCACUGCAGUGCAUCAUGUGGGUGGUAUAUGUUGCUGCUACUGUGUGUUUGUGCUGGAAAGAGUGAACUUUCAGAUAGGUGGGUGGAUGUGGUACCAGUCAAGCAGUGGGCUUCUUCUUGAAUGGUGCUAAGCUUCCUGAGUUAAAGUACAGAUUGGCUGUGAUCUAAUUGAAUGAUAGCAUAGAUGCAGGAACUGAAUGGCCUGCUUCUGUCUAGCACUUCAUAUCUAUUUUCCUCAUGGAGAAGUGCCUAAUUUGUGAUGCUUGAUAAUAUGAUCUAUACAGAUUAAUGAAGUUUCUCAUCCAUGUGGCUGAUAAGCUCUGUGUAUGUCAAAGCAUUCAAUCAAGUUACUGACUAUAAAGUUAAAAGACAUUUGGAUAAAUAUAACGCUUGAAGGGAUAUGGGCCAAGCACAGCCAGUAGUACUCGUUCAGUUUGGGAUUAUAAUUUUUGUGGACUGGUCGGACCGAAGGGUCUGUUUCCAUGCUGUACAACUCUGUAACUCCAUAAAGAAUGUCAUAAUUAAAGGCCUCGAGGCAAA